CACUAAGUAGUGGGUAAAUGUGAGCAUUCAUUCAAUAGAGUGUAUAUUAAUUGAUAGACAAAUGAGUGGUUAAAUAAAUGCCACGUUUUGUGCACUUUUUCAAUGCAUUCACUCAUUGAUGUUUGAAGCGAUUUAUGGCUUGCGUUUAAAAAUGAGGUUUAAAUGACUUUAACGCAAUACACGAGAAGUCAUUGGCUUUAAGGAGAUGCGAUGUGUUAACCCGGUUGUGACGAAGAGUCAUCGCAUUGGAACCCGUGAUUGCUUUGUCUGAUCCACUGAAGAGAAAAAAUGUGAACUUAAGAUAAGAAUCGCGUUUCAUGUGUUGGUGUCUUAUUCACAAAUUUUAGGAUAACUGUUGAUGUUUUGGUCAAAUAAUUUAUUUUUAUUACACGUUUUAUUUCAAUUGUGUUUUGGUUUAUCGUUGUUUUAUUGAAAAAUGAAUACUUUUGUCGCGUCUUUGGAUAUCAAUUGCGAGGAAACGGCUCUGCAAUCAGUCAUUCAAAAGACAUGCUCUGAAUGUCCGACAAUAGCUGUGAAGACGGCUGUUGUACCAGAAUGUGAUCAAACAUUUUCGGUGACUUUUAGCUCGAGCUCUGAGUCGAUAACCAGUCGAGCGGAAGCUGUGUUUCGUUUCUUACUGCCGGCCAAUGCCAUCACCAAUAGAUUUGCCCCCAAUUCUCAACAAAGUUUAGACUCACUCUCGAAGUAUUGCUCAGAUAAUGAAUACGCGAACAAUAGUUUUGAAUUAAUUACAAAAGCCUUCAAUGAGUACAAACCCGAAGAGAUUUGCGUUGCUUUUAACGGCGGUAAAGAUUGCACUGCUUUACUGCAUAUCGUUUACAGUAUUUUUGUGGCCAAAUAUCCCAACAAUAGUUUGAAUACAUUUUACAUUUCAAUUCCCGAAUCGUUUCCCUCACUCGAGAACUUUGUCCGACAGUCUGUCCGCAGAUAUAACUUAAACCUUAUAUCGUAUUCCGAUUCGGAUUUUAAGAAAUCGAUGCAAAAGCUCAAGAAUGAGACCAAAAUCAAAGCCAUACUUAUGGGCACUCGUGCCAGUGAUCUGCCUAAACAUGUAGUACUCAAUGAGUUUCAAAUGACUGAUGAGGGUUGGCCUCAAUUUAUGCGUAUUUCCCCUUUGCUUAAGUGGUCGUACAGUCAGAUCUGGGCUUUUAUUCGCGAUAAUCAUGUGCUCUACUGUUCGCUAUACGAUCGCGGUUAUACAUCAAUCGGAUCGACCAAAAACACGGCACCGAAUCCUUUACUCAAAUUCGUGUUGCGAAACGGGGAGACCUUUUAUAUGCCGGCCUUUAUGUUGACUAAUGAGGACCACGAGAGGAAAGGGAGGACUCAAUGAUAUCUAACUUGAUAUAAAUUUAAUUUUUGUUGAUAUUUAGAACAGAAUUUAUUUUGUUACAAAUUUUUUAAUAUAUGGUUAUAAGAGUUAUUUUUAUUAAAUAUUUUGUAAACUCAUUUAUAAAUCUAUUUAUUAAACUUUGGAAAUGGAUUGUCUCUAUUGACUGAUUACAAAA